AUGGAUAAUCAAUAUGUGAUUAAAGAUAGUCGAAUAUUAGUUUUAUUAGACCGAGCAACCGAUAGUCAAAAAGACCAACAACUAAGAGUGGAGGCUUUAAUUUCGUUACAACAAUUAAUUGAAAACGAAAAACAACUUUUGGAAUUUGGAUUAUUAGAAAAAAUUAGUGUUUUAAUAAAAGAUUCGAUAUCCGAAAUUAGAGAAUGGACUAUUGAUUUUUUUGAAUGUGAAAAUCAACAUGAUGCUAGUUCAUUAUGGAACAUAGCAACUUUCAUAAAAAUACAUAUAAUGCGUUUCUUUGAUUCCGAUGAUACCAAACAAGGAAUUAAAAUAAGUGCAAUAAAGUUUUUACAAGUAGUUUCAACUGUUCAAUCACGUCACGUGAGACCUGAAGAAGACAUUUCAUUGUCAUUAUGUCCUCAAUCUCACCCUAUAUUAAAUGCUUUUGCAUUAGAGAAAGAAGCGAUCUCAAUUAUAAAUGGAUUGUAUAGUCUUUUAAAUAAAGAAUCAAGUAAUGUUAUUACUGCAAUUAUUAAUGCUUUGGGACCAGUUUUUAGGUCAAGACCUCAAUAUAUUUAUCCUUUGGUGAAUAUUGUUCUUAAAUGGAAAAAGAAUCCACCUACACAUUUAUCCGAACUUCAAUUAAGAAGUGUAAAGAAAACAAUUAAGAUUCAAUUAAUGACAAUUUUAAGAAUUCCAUUAUUUGAAUCUUUACCGUUUAUUAAUGAAGUUUUUGAUGCCAUCAUAAUAUUGGGUGGUAGAAAUGAUCCCAUGAAAUUUCCAAGACAAUUUAGAAGAUUAUUGUAUCAAAAAGAAGGAAUAGAAGAUGGGUUUAGAACUUCUGGACAAAGACGCAAUAGAAACAAUGGGAACAACGGGUUAUCUUUCGAUCCAACACAAUUUUCAAUACCUUUUGUAGUUGAUGUUAUACAUUACGCUUUACAAGCGAUUCCACAAGAGAGAUUGUUACAAGCGAAACAGACUUUGCAACAACGAGAAGCAAAUAUGGCAACAAGAAAUUUAUUGACACCACAGACAUCACAACAAACAAAUAUAAAACAAACACGUGAAGAACGUAAAGUACGUGAUCCACGUUUAGAGUUUCAAAGAGAAUCAACUCCCAAAUCUCCAUCACCACCACCUGUAGUUAAAAGUGAAGAAGAAGAAGAAAUUAUUUUCAUGUCUACAGAAACUUCGGAAACUCCAGAAACCAAAGAACCAGUUAAACCCGAAAUCAAAUAUGAAUAUGAUGAUGAUAUGGAAAUUGAAGAAUUUUUUCCUGAGAAAAAUAUAGUACCUGAGGAACAUGAUGAAAUGGAAAUAACAGAAGAUUCAGAAAAAGUUGAAUCAAUAAGUGAAGAUGAUGAAAAUGAUGAAAAUGAACAAUCAGAAAUACAAGAAGAUCAAUUAGAAGAUUUAGAAUUUGAAUCAGAAGAUCAAGAUUUACCACCUGCAACACCAACUUUCAAAUUUCAACCAUAUGUUCUUCCACCACCAGAAAAUUUACCAGAAGAACAAUGUCAAACAUUUAUUAAAACUGUACUUGUAAAUAUUUUAGAAAUAGAAUCAAAAUUAUCGACUGAAGUAAAAGGAACUCGAUCAAAUGUUGUUCUUACUACUUUAUCUAAUGGGAAAAGAUUAACCAGAACACAAUUACAUGUUAUGGCAGUUAGAUUAUUGACAAGAGGUCUUGAAUUUCCUAAUGAGGCAACUGAAAAGACAAAUAAUGAAUUAAGAGAAAUUGUGGUUCAGCAUAUUCUUGAAGAUUUUAAGAAUAGAAUGGAUUUUGCACUGACAUGGCUUGAUGAAGAAUGGUAUCAUGAUAUUGUUAGGCAGAGAGUAGAUCCAUCUCAUAAAUCUAAUUAUGUAAUUUGGAUUAGUCGAUUGUUGGAUAGAAUAAUUCCAGCACUUGAAGAUCGAGUUCUCUCACAAUUUUUAUUAGAUGUUCCAGAAUUGGUCGAAGAUAUUGUUGAUCGCAUAAAAAUAUUUUGUAAUGAUCCUGAUAGGAGGAUGCUGGGAUUUUCUACUUUAAGUGAAUUAAUUGAUUUACGACCACCUGCAAGAUCAUUUUGUAUGAAAAUUUUAUUGGCUUAUUGUUUACAUAGAGAUGAAAGUACACGAACAUCAGCGAUCACAGUUGUUAAUAAAUGGUAUCCUAAUCAUUCGGAAAUAAGUCAAACUAUUGAAUUAUUUGCAUUAGAAUCACUUCGACAAAUUUGUCACGAAAUUCCACCAACUUUAUUUGAUUAUCAUUAUCAUGUUGGUGGGGUAGAUGAUACAAAAGAAAUAAUUACAAAAGACGAUGAACUUGAAACGAGGAAAUGGGCUCAACAAGAUGUUGAUCGCCACAUAGAUUUAUUUCUUUCUUUGUGUUCAAAAAAAAAUGAAUUAUUUAAUGAAUUAAUUUCAGCUUACAUUCGAACACCUGAACCAAUACAAGUUAUGAUUCGAAAGAAUGCACAAAAAAUCAUUGAUACAAUUGGAUUGAAUGGAUUAAUUCAACUUUUUCGUACUUUUCCUAAUGGAGCUGAAGAUUUCGUGUUAAAGAUUCAAUUAACUAAUACAGUUAAAUCAGUAAUCACGCAAAGGAAUCUAGAUGGAAGAUUUCUUUUUCCUAUUAUUUCAUAUUUUGAAAAGGUAAGAAUUGUCUCUACCCUUGAUGCAACAGAAAAACAACGAGAUAUUGUUAAAAAAGUUUUUCUAAAAAUAGUAACCCCAACAAAUGGUGUCACACCAAUAACACCAAGUGAAUUAUUAGUUUCAUUACAUCAAAUGGAUGUACCUUUAAAACAAUCCGUUGAAGCUAUUCAUACAUGUUUCACGUUAGCAAAUAUAUUUAAUCAACAAAUUUUGGGUGCAGUGUUACAACAUUUAUCCGUACAAUCUGAAUUACCUAUGACAUUUAUGAGAACAGUUACAUUAAGUGUUAGAGCACAUAAUGCUUUGGCAGGAUUUGUUAAUGAUUUGUUGAUAAGAAAAGUAACUGAUAUAUGGAAAAAUGAAGUUUUGCGUAAAGGAUUUAUAUUAUAUUGUACCGAAUUUUGUUUAAAGAUAAAACCAAAUAAUUUUAAAUUUUUAUUACAAUUACCUCAAACUCAAAUUCAAGAUAUUUUAAAACAACGAGAUCAAACUUUAUCGAAAGCUUUAAAAAGGUAUGUCGAUAAUUUAAAACCCGAGCAAAGAAGAGGAAUUCCACAAUACUUAUUAGAAAUCUUAGAAACC